AUGUCCGCCUUUCCCACCAGGCCAAUCGCCAAGCUCACCGGCCACAAUGGCAUCGUCCACGCUGUCGCAUACUCCUCCGGCUCGCAGUCGUAUAUCCUGACUGGCUCCUCCGACCGAACGAUUCGUCUUUACAACCCACAGAAGGCUCCUACAACCUCUGUCGCGCCUACCGCAUCGACCGUUUACCCGCCCGGCCUUGUAAACAAGUACAGCGCACAUGGCUACGAAGUGCUUUCUAUCGACGUAAACACGGACAACGACAAGUUCAUCUCCACCGGUGGCGACAAGACAGUCUUCGUAUGGGAUGUUCAGACUGCGCAGACAGUGAGGCGCUUCACCGGGCACUCGGGGCGCGUCAAUCGUGGGGUCUACGGCGGAGAUGGAGACAGCAUUAUCGCAAGUGGAAGCUUCGACGGGACAGUCAAGAUAUGGGACACGAAGUCGAACGCAUACAAGCCCAUCAUGACGCUCUGCGACGCCAAGGACAGCAUCACGGAUGUCGCUAUCCACGAUGCGGAGAUCCUAGCUUCCAGUGUUGACGGCAGGGUCAGAAGCUACGAUCUCAGGACUGGCAUGUGCCAGGCUGAUGUCAUUGGAGCGCCCUGUACAAGCUUGGCUGUCUCGAAGAAGGGCACGGAGAUGCUGGUCAGCUCGCUCGACUCGACCAUCAGGCUCAUGGAUCGAGAGAGCGGAGAGUUGUUGAAGGCGUACAAAGACGAUGCUUUCAUCAACAAGGACCUGAGAGUCAGAAGCAGUUUGGGGUUGAACGAUAGUGUUGUGCUGAGUGGCAGUGAUGAUGGCAUGGUCUUCGCAUGGGACAUCAUGGGCGAAGAGUGCAUGCACCGUUUCAAGCAUUCUGAGAUGCGCGAGGUGCAGGGCGAAAGACCAACAGUGCAGUCCACCAGCAAGAAAGAGAUUGUCUCGGCCGUGACUUUCUGUAAGACGAGAAGAGAAUGGGUCAGUGGAGGUGGCGAUGGCAAUGUCAUUGUUUGGGGCGUUUGA